UAUUGCUUUGUGAUGCAAUUACGAUCAUUUAGGCCUUACUGAAAUCAGCGGGAACGGCAGGUAAGAAGGUGCCAAAUGAUUAUUAAUCUGUUAUAAAGUAAAGAUGCUAGACUUCUGUAAAAUACUACUAUUUAAAGCAGGUAAGAGCGGAACGGGAGAGUCUUGCCCCCCUCACAUCACCGCUGAUUGCUUCAUCACCCGGAAGUUCCAUCAAUCAAAACGAGGUUGAAAAAAUGGCGACUACCAUAGAUAAGCAUUACGCUACAGAAGAUGAGAAAAAACCAUUUGUUAAUGAUGAACAGCCAUUUAGCAACCAAUAUGAAAGAAUCUCAAAUGUUAAGUCAAGCACCAGUGAAACAUAUGAGCCGUACACUGAAUCGCAAAUGCUCAGGGAUCCAAGAAUGAAAUACACCAUUUUGAUGUUUGUAUUUGUUGUUAUUGCAGUUGUAUUGGUAACAUGCAUUCUUUCAAUUGUCCAAGGGGUUAAGUAUGGGGCCUCAUACCUCUUACAAGGAAUAAGCAUUAUAUGUAUUGGCAUUGUUGCUUUACUUCUUAUUUUUCUUAUCAAAAAGGACGAUUUCCCCAAAGAAAAAACCUGGUUUGUGUUUUUUGUUGGAUUUUGUAUUUUCAUUGAGGCAGUUUUGACCAAUGUAGUACUGUAUAAUUAAUUAAAUAAUGUAUUGAUUGUAUCUGUUACCUUUUAAGUUUCAAUAGCUUAAUUUUGCUGAAUGUUGAAAUUAACUGCUGACUUUUGUAAAAUAUGCAAGUUAACCAUACUUUAAGUGAAAAAGAUACAUAAAGCUUUCACUCAGGAUAAUUGCACAGGGUAUUAUCAUGUUACUUUACUGUAACACUGAUAUUUCUGCAGUUUAUUAGUACAUAGCUAAGCAUCAUAUACGUUUUAUUUGUAGUUGCAUAAUCAUAUAAAGUCUCAAUUGCCCAACAAUAAAAGAUAAUCCAUGCAUAUGUUACAUACUGCCAGCAAUUUCUUUCCUAGUAACAAUUCUAUUUUUUGAAGUUCAGAUUAAAUGCAUUGAUAAUGGUUUAAUUGUAAGUGAUAAGAAUUGUUAUUUUCAAGCAAAGUCUUACUUGUUUUGAAAAAUUAAAAUUUGUAUAUACCUUGUAUAAGGUAGGCUUAUGGAGACAAUAAAUGUGCUCAUAUAUUAUCAAUUUGGUUUUGAGAGAAUUUGAUUGUAAAAAAUGCAAUUUAGUUCAUACAUAGAUAUUCUUCACAGAUAGAUGCCAAUUCACCCUCGGCACAAAUUUUAUUUUAAAAGGGUUCU